UUACUGCUGAAUGUGCUCCACUGCUUGAGUCUUCAUGAUAAAACAACACAUAACCCAUCUGGAAAUGUCCAUCUGUGUGUUUUUGACCCCACAGGUUCAGCUUACUACGACAACGUGCGGCCGUUGGCGUAUCCGGACUCGGACGCUGUGCUCAUCUGCUUCGACGUCAGUCGUCCGGAGACGCUGGACAGCGUGGUGAAAAAGUGGCAAGGCGAGAGGCAGGAGUUCUGCCCAAAUGCCAAAGUGGUCCUAGUUGGCUGCAAGCUGGAUAUGAGGACGGACGUCAGCAUCAUGAGAGAGCUUUCCAAACACAGACUGAUUCCUGUUACCCAUGAACAGGGCACCAAUUUGGCAAGGCAGAUCGGCGCUGUGGCCUACACUGAGUGCACCUCAAAGUACUCCGAGAACAGCGUCCGCGAUGUGUUCCACAUCACCACGCUGGCCUCCGUGUUCAACAUUCAUCGGCCUCAGCUGAAAUGCGUGGCGGCACGUUGCACCCACAAGCGGAUCUCGCAGCAACCUCCUCGGACUGAGAUUCACGAACACCCGCCUGCAAUUAGGAAGGACCGAGCCAAAAGCUGUGUGCUCAUGUAGCAUCAGAGCCUGCCAGUGACCUGAUCUGUCUGCUGAUGGACAUCAGCUUCUCUGCACAUACAUUUUUAUAAUUUAUCAGUAAAUUCUUGUCAGAUUUUUGCACUGCAACAAGAAAAAUAUGACAAAAAAUAGAAAAGAAUGCAAUCCCGUGGAACUCUUUGACAGAUUUUCUUUGUCAAUUUUCUGCAAAGCUCUGCUUGUUAUUUUUCUUUGUGGCUGUGCUAUCUAUCAUCCUGGGGAGGCCGAUAGUGGCUGAAGCUAUUCCUCUUUAAAAGCUUUUAGAUGAAAAAAGAUGACAGAAGCAGUUUUGUUUAAAAAGAAAUCCCAAGAUGGUGAGUGUGGAGAAUAAAAGAACAGUUUCAUAUUUGACAUCCUGUUUUUCUGGUCAUGUGUUAUGAUGCAAGAAAAGUGCUCUGAGAAAUCUGUAAAUAUUGAAGAAUUAAGUCUUUUGUUUGGCCUCAUCUUUUAAACUUAAAAUCUGGACAUAAAUUAAACCAAAAGAAGAAAACCUCAUGUGCUAAUAUGACAUUAGUUUUCUUAAACCACAAGUGCUUUAAAAUGGAAAAUUGCUCAUUAUAUGUCCUGAAGUGUUAUGUACUUACUUUUGUUGUAAUUAUCAAGGGUGGGGGAGGCUGUCUAGAAAGGAUUUAAGAAGAUGCAUAUUAUAUUGUACAUGCAGCUAUGAAAUAAAAGAAACUUUGUCUUCUUA